UCUUAAGGGUUUUAAAAGUAAGUUUAAGAUCGCCAAAACCCUCGCCUCCUCCGGCAACAACAUCACCACCGCCUAUCAGCAUCAUGAGUCUGAUUGCUGGCUCUUACGAAAAAUUCAUUUGGGGAUUCAAGCUCAAGCCUUUGAAGCACUCCUCGGACGGAAAAACCCUAACUUUGACACAGCUCUUUUCAUACCCCUCUCACAUCGGUCCUGUGACUUGCGCCGCCUCAUGUGGUCCUGCCGCCGCUUCGGGCUCGUCCGAUGAUACCAUACACCUCUACGAUCUUCACUCUGCCGCCUCCCUUGGCUCCCUUCACGACCAUUCCGCCACCAUCACCUCCCUCUGCUUCUAUACCCCUUCCUCCCUCUCCUUCCCCCGCAACCUAAUAUCAGCUGCAGCUGAUGGCUCCGUCUGUAUCUUUGACGCUGACCCUUUUGUCCACUUGACCACCCUUUGGCCUCACAAGAAGGCUGUCAAUGAUCUUGCGGUCCAUCCUUCCGGCAAGCUCGCUCUGACAGUGGGCCGCGACCAAUGCUUGGCUAUGUUGAAUUUGGUGCGGGGCAGGAGGAGCUUCUUUUGCAGGAUGGGAAAGGAAGCCACUUUGGUGAAGUACGACCUGAAUGGAGAGAAUUUUUUUAUGGUUAUUGGGGACAAGAUUGGAGUACAUGCGGCUGAGGACGCAAGGUUGUUGUUUGAAUUGGAGAGUCGCAAGAAGGUUCUUUGUGCUGCUCCUGGAGAGAGUGGACUUCUUCUUACUGGCGGUGAGGACUGUAAUAUUACUGCUUGGGACACAAAAAGUGGAAAGGCUGCAUAUUGCAUUGAAGAUGCUCAUUCUACCCGUGUGAAAGGAAUUGUUGCGCUCAGUAGGAAUGAUGGUACCACUAACACUGAUGAUCCAUAUCUAGUGGCGUCUGCAUCGUCAGAUGGGGUUAUACGUGUUUGGGAUGUUCGUAUGGCUGCAAAGGAGAAUCCUUAUCCAUUGGCCGAGGCUGAGACAAAAUCAAGACUGACUUGUCUGGCUGGAUCGUCCCUUAAAUCUAUCAAGCGGCCGCAAAUGGGCAACAGCGGAACCAAAGAGGAGCCGGAUUCCAAAAUGGAGGUUUCAUAACGUCAUUUGGAUACUAUUCGAAAAAUGCGGCCUCGAUUUACUCAUGUGUAUCCAUGUUACUGGAAAGCUUGUUGUGCAUGGGGUCAUAAUCCCUAUCCUGCAAAUCAAUUUUGACAUUCAAAGAGCCUCUUGAUUCUAUAUUAUGAUAUGCAUGCAUAAUUUAACUUAUUGAUACAUA